AUGGCAGACAGCGAACCGCACAAGCCAAGCUCCUCCAACCCACCCGAGGGUCUUAUGCUUCGGCAUGUUUUGCCAAAGCUCGACAAGUGGUGGUUUCAACAUGGCCAUCUGCGGAGCCUCAAUCUGCUGCUCCUUGCUGGCCUCUUGACUCAAGCCACGACGGGCUAUGAUGGCUCCAUGCUCAAUGGCCUCCAGGCGCUGCCCUCAUGGGCUGAUUACUUUGACAAGCCUACUGGUAUUCGCCUCGGUGCCAUGGUCAAUGGUACCGUCUUUGGCACCCUCGUUGCCAUGUUUGUCUCUGCUUGGAUUUGCGACAAACUGGGACGACGAUGGCCAAUCUUUGGUGGCUCCUGCACCAUCCUCGUUGGGACUAUUCUCCAGGCCUCGUCCCAGAACUUCGUCUCGUUUAUUGCAUCCCGCUGGAUCAUUGGUUUAGGCUUGGGUGUGCUGCAAGUUUGCUCAACACUUUUCUUGUCCGAGGUGUCUCAUCCCGCUCAUCGCGGCAAGAUUACUGCCAUUUAUGAGCCCGCGUGGCCACUCGGAGCCUUGAUCGCUGCAUGGAUCACCUUUGGUAGUUCCAAGAUGCACGGGAACUGGGCGUGGCGACUUCCAAGUCUCCUGCAGGGCGUCACCUCCCUCAUUCAGGCUUGCCUUGUUUUCUUCGCACCCGAAUCCCCCAGAUGGCUCAUCAGCAAAGGCCGUCAUGUCGAAGCCUUUGAGAUGCUGACCAAGUACCACGGCGGCGGCGACCGCAGUUCAGCCCUCGUCAUGCUCGAGAUUGUUGAGAUCAAUGUUAGCCUCGAAGCUGACAAGGCAAACAAGGCAGUUUCGUGGCUGGCAUUCUUCAGCACGAGCGGGAACCGUCGCCGAUUCUACAUCGUGGCCACGGCAGGAUUUUGCCUACAAUGGGCCGGAAAUAGCAUAGUCUCAUACUUCCUGCCGCUUGUCUUGACAAAUUCUGGUGUUACGGACUCGUAUACACAGCUUGUCAUUAAUGCCUGCACCCAGGUCUGGUCGUUCCUCUGGGCAGUCUUCUUCGGACUGACCAUUGAUCGCGUUGGCAGACGAAAGCUUCUUCUUUCUUCUUAUAUUGCCAUGUUCUUAACGUAUCUAGUUUGGACAAUCCUUGCCGCCAUCAUCACUCGACCUUAUUUUGAAAACAAAUACAUGGGUCAUGGCAUCAUCGUUCUCAUCUUUGCAUUCUUUUGCUUUUACCAUAUGGCAGCACCCGUGAUUCCUGCUUAUUGCGUUGAAAUUCUCACCUUUGAGCUUCGGGCAAAGGGAAUGACCAUAUUCCAGCUCGGUAGCACCCUGGCGAGUAUUUUUAACGGCUUCACGAAUCCUAUUGCAUUAGAGAAUCUUGGAUGGAAAUAUUAUGUUGUAUUUCUCUGUCUUCUAGCGUUUUGGACUCUUGUUAUUUGGGUUGGGUACCCUGAAACAAAGGGUCUGUCAUUGGAAGAAAUGACUACCAUCUUUGAUGGUGAGCACUCAACACUGAAGAAUGGCGUUUCUGCCAGCCUCGAAAGCAAUGGUAAGUCGGGAGUUUUAUUUCAGAUGGAGCAUGCCGAGGUGUAG